UCAGACUAGGGCUUGUGUGUCAAAUUGUUUCAAUUGGAGGGAUUGUAGAGCACGACUUGUAGAGGAAAUGGACGUAGCUCAAUGAAGGUGUCUAAUAGGAGUGUACUUGCUAUGUACAUAUUAUGUUGUAUUUGAACUCUACCAGAAAAUAUGCCCAUUUUGGAUAUUAAACAUUCAUCAUAGCAUCUCUUUUUAACGAGGCAAAGAACAUAUUAGGUUCGCCCUCAACAAAAUGUGAGAGGUUGGACGAUGGGAAAAUGUGAUAUGAAAACCCAGCGAUGCUGAAAUCUCCAGCUUUAAAGCAAACAUGUUGAAAACGGAGGCUUCGGGGGAGCGUUCCAACCUCCGGAGCGCCUCUCCCCAUCGGAACGCUUACAGGGCCGAGUUUCAGGCCUUGAAGAAGGCCUUCGACCAGCCCAGACAGGAUGGGGACCCCAAGCAGAAGGAUCCGGAGCGUGUCAAGCAGCCACGGGGCAGGCAAUACGGUACCCACGUCAGCCGGAUUAAAAACAUGUUCAUGCAGAUGGGGACGGAUGGCCCUGUGCCUGCCUCAAAAACUACAGCCAGGGAGGAGGCCUCGCCCCAGAAGUUGCGGAAGCCCACAAACUUUGUUAACAGGACGGAUGGCUCAGUCAUCAAGCUCCAGCCCGCUGCUAGCGAGCGAGCAGGCAGCAUCCACUCCAAGUUCUCAGAGACCAGGAAGCUUUUCGAACAGCAUGGGGCAUCGCAGUCCCCGGUCUACCCCUCUGGCCGGGACAAGAGGGGCUCACACGAGCACCUGGAUGACUGGAGGGGGUCUCGCUCCAACAGGGGCAGCAACGACUCCCUGGACAGCCUCUGCUCGAGAACUGAGGCUGCGUCGCCCACGGUCAGCCAGCUCAGCGCCGUGUUCGAGAACUCAGACCUGCAGCAGUCAGGAGGGUUCCGCGGCAGUGGGAGGGCCCUGUGCUCCCCAGACGGGAUCCAGCGGCCCGGCGACCUCAGCGAGGAUGACACCAGCUCCCGUCAGUCGCCGUUGCGGGGCGCCCACAGGCCCCGCUGCGGACGGCUCCCUGCGUCGUCUUCCUCGGAGGACCUGCUCAGCCCCAGCCCGCUGUCUGAGCCGGCGGACGCCGGAUCCAGCUUCCCAGACGGACCUCAGGAUCCGGAGGACGGGGGGAGCGCCCGAAGGGACAUUUCAGACGAACGUGAGGAACCUCGCCAGCUGAGCCAGACUGGAAUGGCGACAUCCACAGAAGCUGUAGGUGUUUCCACAGAGUCGCUAGCAAGCAUGGCCACAAUUUACUCUGAGCCUAAAGAGAGCGACCCUGACACAGUAGCCGGUCGGACAAAGAAAGACACAGAAGGCCGCGAUGCGGAGAAACCUACUCAGGUCGCCGGUGACAAGGCUAAAGAACCUAGUGAGGAAUACAGUGGGAAUGAGAGGGUCAUAUUCAACGCGGAUGGUGAUGCUUGUUACCAAGGCUGGGGCGAAAGUUGCACGGAUCCCGAAGAUGAAGCGUACGGCGAUGACGAUGCUUAUUUCGACCCGGGUUCAGACAUCAAGGAGAUUGCUGGCUUACCUGAGGAGGAGGAAGAAGACAUACCUAAAAGCAGAAAAAUAAGAUUCAGUACAGCUCCAAUGACCGUUUUUAACACAUACUCAAAUGAGGAUUAUGACCGGAGAAACGGGGAGGUAGAUCCUGUGGCCUCAUCUGCGGAAUACGAGCUGGAAAAAAGAGUGGAAAAGCUGGAACUUUUCCCUGUCGAGCUUGAAAAAGAUGAGGACGGGCUGGGGAUCAGUAUCAUCGGCAUGGGUGUGGGAGCCGAUGCUGGGUUGGAGAAGCUGGGGAUUUUCGUCAAGACCGUCAUCGAGGGAGGAGCUGCCGAGAGAGAUGGCAGGAUCAAGGUUAACGACCAGAUUGUGGAGGUGGAUGGGACCAGUCUGGUAGGGGUCACUCAGAGCUUUGCUGCGUCCGUCCUGAGGAACACACAGGGUGUGGUUAGGUUUGUGAUUGGACGAGAGCGGCCGGGCCAGGUGAGCGAGGUGGCGCAGCUGAUCAGUCAGACCCUGGAACAGGAGCGGCGGCAGAGGGAGAUGCUGGAACAGCAUUACGCGCAGUACGAUGCUGAUGAUGAUGAGACAGGGGAAUAUGCCACCGAUGAAGAGGAGGAGGAAGGCCCUGCUAUUACUGGUGGGGAGAUGACUAUUGAGGUGUUUGAUUUGCCAGAAACAGAGGACAUGUUUUCCCCCUCGGAAAUGGAUGCAACCAAACUGUCCCAGAAGUUCCGCGAGCUGCAGAUAAAGCACACUGUCACCGAAGCCGAGAUACAGAAGCUAAAAAAAAAGCUGCAGGCAGUGGAGAAGGAGAAACAGCGCUGGGAGCGGGAGAAGUCUCAGCUGCGGCAGAGCAUCGAGGACAACAAGGAGAGGAUGCUGAAGCUGGAGAGCUACUGGAUCGAGGCCCAGACCCUCUGCCACACUGUCAACGAGCACCUGAAGGAGACACAGAGCCAGUACCAGACCCUAGAGAAGAAGUACAAUAAGGCCAAGAAGCUCAUCAAAGACUUCCAGCAGAAGGAGCUGGAGUUCAUCCAGAAGGAGGAGGCCGAGCGGAAGAAGCUGGAGGAGGCGGAGAAGGCCCAUUUGGUGGAGAUACAGGCCUUACAAGCCAGGAUCGGCGAGCUGGAGACGGAGCUGCUGCAGCUGAUGAAGCGGAACGGCGCGCAGGUGAACAACAACAACAACAGCGCAGAGGCCCGGGUGGAGCCACGCGGCUCAGCCAAGGCUGCCACUGCUGGAGGAGGAGAUUUGAGCAAGGCGGUAUCCCAGACGGAGCGGUUGAACAGCGAGGCGCUGAAGGCCCGGGCUCAACUAGCAGGAAAGUCCUGCAGGCAGAGACCAUCCAGGUCACUGCUUCGAGACAGCAUCAGCUCCACCGAGGGAGAUGAUAGCCUCGAGAGGAAGGCCUCGGAAAGCUGCGGGGCCAGGCCCUCCUCCACCUCCGCCUCCUCUCUGUCCGGCGCGCCCAAGUCCUCCGAGACGAUGGUGGAUGGCAUGGAGACGCGCACAGGGAGGACGCGCAGACACGACAUCUGCGAAUCUUCCCCCCAGCGCCAGCCGCGCACGGGUGGCGAGGAGGGAGGGUCUCCUCUUGUGUCCAGUCCUUCAGGGAAAACAAACAGAAAGGUCUUCGAUGCCGGAUCUCCACUAAGGCACAACAAAGGCAGAGAGUCUAGACUCUCCUCUGGAAACAGUUCCACAGAUCUGUCUGCAGAGAACAGCCCAGAGAAGCUGAAGACCAAGAGCCCCGCUUUGAACGAUGACUUUAGUGCCAGCAGCACCAGCUCGGCGGAUUUCAGCGACCUGCUGGUGGACCCCAAGCUUUCGGGCUGCUCUCACACUCUGGUGCUGUCGUCAGACGAGAGCUUGGAUAUGAUAGAGGAUGAGAUUCUGGACGAGGCCCAGGCACCCAAGCCGCACCACUGGCAGAACCGCAGCGUACUCGAGUGGAACAACCAGCAGGUGUCCCGCUGGCUCAUGGGGCUGAACCUGGAGCAGUACGUCCCGGAGUUCACUGCCAAAAACGUGGACGGAGAGCAGCUCCUGCAGGUGGACAGCACCAGCCUCAAGGCUCUGGGCGUGGCAUCAUCCCAGGACCGCGCACUGAUAAAGAAGAAGGUGAGGGACCUGAAGGCGCUGAUGGAGAAGGCCCGGAGGAACCGUGAUAAACAGGAGAAGCAGAGGGAGAAAGCACAACAGAAAGAGUUGGCCCGCAAAAGCAGCAAGACCUCCGGCGAGCCAGCAGAGGGCGCCACUGAGUGACGAGCCUGGCCAAGCCAGCAGCACUUUUAUUUCUAUCCUGGAGGCUGGAAAGCGGAGCGGGGACUCAUAUAAGAGUUUUCACAGAAUGGGGACUCGUGUAAGAGAUGUACCGCUGCUUCAGGGGAGCCAACGAGCCGAAACAACAAGAUGAAACAACUUUCGGGGGGCCAACAAGCCGCCAGACUCACUUGAAACAAGCCGAAACGCUUGGUUCUGGCUCACAUGCUGGCUUCAUCUCACUUUGUUUUUUUCCCCCUUUUACUGGGUUUAUUUUUAUGUUUCUUGCUUGCAGUGUUCUGUCUCAACCCAUUGGAUCUCAUGACACUCACACUCAUCCUGAAAUCGGCUUGACUCUGGUCUCUGGACAUCACAUUAAUAGGCUGUAUUUCAACCACCUUUAGAUGUAAUGUAAUUGUAAAUAUAUACAUAUAUACAUACUAUAUAUUAUAACAUACAACAGUCUGUGUGCCAUUUUUAAUAUGAGAAACUUGUGUAUAUGCUGUGUAGAUUUGUUAUAUCUUUUAUGCUUUGUGGAAGCACACUAGAUAAGCCUGGAUUGCAUAGCCACUCCCAGUAGAAUGCCUUGCACAUUAUUUUGAUACGUCAUGGGCUUCUGCUUUCGCUUUGAUUUGGACUGGAGAAACUGGAACCCUUGUGUUGCAGCUGAGGAUCGGCAGGAUUAACGGCAAACUGCUCCCUUCAUGUACCACGGCUGCAAAAGGCCUGGGCUACCACGCCAUGCCGUCUCCAUGCCGUCAGGGCUGCCGUAUGUCCCACAAUGCAAUGCAAGACGUGUGAAAUGCGAGCGUAAAGGAGCAGAAUGGGUAAUGGUCGGCUGACCACACGCCUUUUCUGUGAUUUUCGAAAAUGUGAUUUUCGCUGCAGUCGUAGGAGGGCGUACCUCUGCGUUCGUUCAAAAGCAUAUCGCCUUAUCAGGCAGCGGGGUUUAAUAGGUAGCAUGGACGCGGAAGGGCAGUAUUUCAAUGUUUAAGACAUACCAAACAGUACUUUGAAAGCAAGAAUGCGGCACUAUGUAAUUUGCAGUUAGCUCUAUUGCUUUAAUAGCCUCCAUUUUGAGAGCUUUUAGGUUUCCAGAAAUUCAAGGUCAGUUUGCCUUUAGAAUUUUAGAUUUUUCUGGAAUACAUUGACCUUGUCUGCUGAUGUUUUCGUACCUCAUUUGUCGAUCAGCUGGUUUAUUUUCUCUGCUGUAUAAGGAAAGCGGAGAUGUGCCAUUGAGAGAGAAAGACAGAAUCAUAUUCAGUGUUUGAUUUUGACCUAAGGUAUGCCCUGCACUGAAAAGAUCCCCAUUUACACUCUUUUAUUUCUGCAUGAUCAGUCAUGCACUUGGGAUAACACAACACCCUCCCUUUUACACCUCCUUCAAAAUUGCACAGUCAUGUGCAAGAUAUCUUUAAACGUCAAGUAUGUCACUGUCUUUUGACAUUUUUCUAGUGCACAGAAAGUGGUCUCUGAGGUCUGGAGGGAAGUGUUCCAAGCAUUUCAGUUUGUCAUGUAUCAUCUGUCAUUUUCCACUCUGCCAUGUUUUUGGCAUAUUCUUCAUUUCUCUAGUCAUUUGCAUCUUUUUGUUUCAGUUGAGGUAAUUUUUUAGAUUGAGCCUCUAAACAGUAAUACUGUACAAAAGGCACUAAAUGGCUGCUGAAGUUUUGUUUGUAACCUCCCUGCAGCUGGAAGUUUGUGCAGUGCGUGUUGAGUGGGUUUAUGUCACUUCAAGCUGGGUGUAAAUCAUUUUUACUCCUAUUAAAUAGUGAUGUCAUAACUGUGGUAUAGUAACCACUGUUCUACACAUCAAAAUGACCAUAAUCAAAACUACUUUUCAUAAUUUUACUCCACAAAACCUUUUGUUUUUGGUUAACAAAACUAUGAGAUGUCUCAGGAUGGGAAAUGAAUGCAAUAGACGGUGACACAUGAAGACAUUUGAGAUGUGAUUGUGAUGAAUAGCAAAUACUGUAGUAUUCAAAGCCUAAUACCAUCAAUAUUAUUUAAGUAGCCUUGUGCUUUAGCAUUACCUGAGGUCCUUUUUUUGACAAGAAAUUCAAUUAUCCUGUCCCUGUCAUUUUUUCCCCUUCCCCUAUGGCCUGAAUGAAUUUAAAAACACAAAAUAUUAAGAGUUUAUGAUGCAAGCUAGACAAGAAGAUAUCGUGCAUAAAAACAAAAAAUGCUAAGAUGCAGGCGAGAGAAGAUGCUAUCUGCGCAUACCACUUUCACACAUAAUGACCUCAAGCACUGGCAAAGAACACUCUGUAGAUAUUCCAGAAUUCCCUACCUGUUGUUCAACAUUACUAUAUGUAUAUGUAUUUUUUACAUGCUGAUGAAAGCAAUAUAACUUUAGAAAGUCAUGUUUUAUAUUGUGCAAGUCCUCAAUGUUGGGACCAAUGUGAGGGCUACGUACUGUCCACAUAAAUACAAGGAAGCGGGGAUGUUCACAGCUGCUGAUCAGGUUUUAUAACAAAGAUGUACAUAGCAUUGCACUGUCUGGAAAUUGUGUGUAUGUGCUGCGUUUUGAUUUAAGUAUUUUGUCACCAUUUUAGGCCUCCAAGGUGCGAAGUGUCCUCAACUUUGUGUGACAAAUUUCUAAAACUAAUUUGUUUAUUAUUAUUUUAUGUGUUAAUUUCUUAUGGUACUUUUUUUCAUUGAGUGACUUCUGAAGUCAAUAUUGUGGAAGAAAAGAAACACUUAUGUGAUCUACAGUUAAGGACAAAGUGUGCCGUGGUCAGGUUGAAUAGAGGUCAUACUGUACUACUGAAAUGUUGAAAGGGCAGCUAACAGUCGCACUGGAAAUGGUAAAAUCACUGUAAAGACACUGUUUAGCGAUGUAAAAACACUGUUUUUUAUUGGUUCAUUUUGCAGUAUAUUGAGUUAUACAAUCGAAAUCAAGGCAAUAUAGGUACAACUAGUACAAAUAGCAUGUGAAAGGUUAUAACUUUAAUUUUAUUUUCAUUUUUUUACUUCAUACUUGCAUGAAGGAGACCCGUAGGUGCCAUGUGUGUGUUGUUGGCACUCCUUUAAAUGUUUUCAGUUUCUGGUCCCCGUUUCAGUAGCUUAUGACUAAGGGACACUGCCUCUGCCAUGAGGUCACCCCUGAAUCCUGUUGCUUUGUAAAUACACCCUGUCAAAGAAAUACAAAGUUCAUUCCAGA